AUGAGGAUCUCUGCAUGCCUGCUGGCUCUGCCGGGCUUGCUUGGAGUCAUCGCAGAUUUGGGGUAUGACGAGCUCUGGCGCCUCCAGCACGAGUUCUACGGGCGGUGGAUAACGCCCAAUAACGCGAAAGAAGCCGAGUCCAUCAACUCGACUAUAUUCUCUGAUAACAUCCUAGGACGCGUUUCCGACACGCGCACCUUCGUAGGCCGCGAGCUCAACACCGAGUACAUCUUCGGGCUCUUCAUGCCAUCGGAAUCUCUUUCUAUCGUCGGAAAUCCAAUGGAAUACGAAGUGAUCCAGUUUGCAGCGGUCCAGAACAUCGCAUCGGCAACUACGCGCGUCAACUUUACCUUUCCGGCGUUCAACAAUAUAUCUCUCCCGGUUGUGAUUAACACAUGGAUGACGUGGAACUCCGCCCGUCAAAUAACGCAGUAUGAUGUCGUGUUCAAGUGGUCCGGAAACCUAUUCCAGACUCUCAUCCUGAGCUUGGGUGGCUCUGCUGAGGAGGCUGGCAGCAAGACAGUACACAAGAUUGCGACAUCGAUAUGCAACUCGCAUACAAGAUAUUGCAAGGGCACAAACGCGCAGUACGACUCGUGGGAGGGGUGCUACGGUUUUCUGACAAAAAAGCUACGCGUGGGACAGAGCUUCGAGUUGGGCGAGAACACGCUCAUGUGCCGCAGUGUGCACGAGCUCAUGGUCAAAUACCGGCCUGAGAUUCACUGCAGUCACAUUGGCCCUACAGGAGGGGGGAAUGCGACGACGCGCUUACAUAUGUCGAGAAAGUGGAGGAACGUCUUGAUACGAACUCGCCAUGGAUCGCCGGGAGAUCGUAGACUUGCUGGCCGAGCAUGGCAGGUAGACUGCAUCUGUAUGACCUUCUGUUCCCCCGCCAUAGCAUUAUGA